AUGGGCUUCUUCGAAACGCUGGCCGAGGCCGUACGUCAAAUUCAAGCACAAGCAGAGUCAACACUGAAGCAGCCAAACCCAUUGGGCCUGCUGACCCAAGCAUCCGCAACGGCAAGCCAAGCGGUGACCACGCAAGGACGAGCAGCUGCUCUAAAGGCUGCACGCGCACUAGUCAACGCACUUGAGGCACCCGAGGAAAAGAUCGUUCGGAUAUCAUGGGGCGAGCCUAUGCUGUUCCUUGCCACACGACUCGGCAUUGAUCUCAAGCUGUUCGCAAAGCUGCAGGAAGCAACCAGCCCAGAUUGUACUUGCGACGAGCUCGCGAAGGAGACCGGCUGCGAUGAAGUCCUCCUGAGCAGAUUGUUGAAACAUCUCGCCACUGGCGCUAUCGUAAAAGAGACAGCCGUGGACCGAUAUGCCGCAACACCAACCAGCAACCUCUUGGCCACACCAGAGGGUGCUGGUCCAGUAGUCAACUGCUUCUCGAGCCUUGGAAAGGUAGAAUCAAACGUUGUCGAGUACUUCCAGAAGCGCGACUGGAAGAAUCCUACCGACAAAGACGACAGUCCCUUCAAAUAUGGAGCCAAGACCGACUUGCAUUACUUCCAAUGGGUAUUCCAGCCGGACAAUCAAGAAGAAGCUGGGGCAUUCCUCAACCACAUGAAGCUAUUGAGCUCGGGACCAAGAUGGUAUGACACCGUGCCGGUUGAGGAGAUUUUUGGCACCUCGUGUGGACCAUCCGAUGUGCUGCUUGUCGAUGUUGGUGGUAACGCCGGCCACGAUAUCACGAAGUUUCAUCAAGCGAAUCCCAACUUGCAGGGGAAACUGAUCCUCGAGGAUCUGCCCCAGACGAUCGAGAGCAUCGACGCAAAAGCGAUUGCCCCAGUCGAGCCUCUGGCUCAUGACUUCUUCACCGAGCAGCCAGUCAAGGGCGCCAAAGCCUACUAUCUGAAGAUGAUCCUCCACGACUGGCCAGAUUCAGCUUGCCACGACAUCCUGUCUAAUCUCAAGCCAGCUUUGAAGGCUGGGUAUAGCAAGAUCCUGAUCAAUGAGACCGUGAUCCCCGACAAAGGCGCCGAAUGGUAUGCCACGGGCCUCGAUCUGCUCAUGAUGGUGACGCACAGUGCUCACGAGAGGCGCGAAAGGGAGUGGAAGGCACUGGUCAAAGGCGCCGGCUUGAAGGUCGUCAAGAUCUGGGACUGCGGUGCGGCGCCAGAGAAGUUGAUCGAAGUAGAAUUGGCAUGA